GGACUCCCACUAUUCUAUAGAAGGAAUCAAGUAGUUGAGCAAACGAAAAUGAUUAGCUAUUACACUUUCAUUCUAUCUUUGAUCCUCUUGUUCUCCCUGAAAAACUUAGUUUGUUGCGAAGAUCCUACUUUUGGGUUCAGCUCUGUCCCAUUGACGCAAGCAAAUUUUAAGCUGCAGAAGCCAUAUGACACACCACUUGACCAAAGGUACAGCUAUAAAGAUGGAGUUCAUCGAUUGUGGGUUUAUGCUGAUGACAAGCCUCAUAAUCCUAACAGCAACACUCAGCCACGCACUGAAAUUCGUAUUCAGGGGCUUGACUACAACUGGGGGAUUUGGCAAUUUGAAGGUUAUGGCUUUGUGCCAAAUGGAACAUCAGGUGCUACAGUAGCACAGAUCCAUGGUGCUGCGCAUGCUGCUACCACACUGAUACUAAGAAUAUACAACGCACACAUGAGAUAUUACAGUAAAGAUUUGGUGGCUGAGAAUCUUUAUGAUAAAUGGUUCAGACUUAACAUCAUCCAUGAUGUGUGUGGAGGAACGGUGACUGUGUUCAUAAAUGGAGAGAAAAAGUUCCACACCAAGGAUCAUGGUCCAGGAGACUUGUACUUCAAGUGUGGUGUUUAUGCUGCACCUAGUAACAUUAGCUAUUACAUGGAAUCAAGGUGGAGAGAUAUUAAAAUAUAUAAGAAAUGACAAGUUCCUUUUUCUAGCUAAAGUCUAUUAUCUUGCUAGAAUUCCUUGGAACUAUAUGUAUUUGUCAUACCGUUUUCGGUUACUACAAAAUUGAAGUGUGUUA